AUGGCGGCUGUAAAAGGCCCUUGGAAGUUCCUCAUUGUGGAGCUUCUCCUCUGUACUGCGUAUGUUUCCCCUAUCUCACUCUCGGUUGCAACUCGAGGGACCGCAAUUGCUUCCCAGGGCGCUGGAACUGGCCGUAACGCCUUCAUCAAAACCUUAGGGGUCCCCUGUGGCCUCUCCUGUGUAAAAACGGGAGAGACCUUCCAGCCCGGCGCAUUAUGUGGGGCUGGACUGCGACACUGUGGGGAGGUGAAGCGAUCGACGACUGCUAGAAACCUCUCCCAGCGUCACGCUGGCUGGAGCGCUCGACGGGCAUCACCUCAUGUAGCAGCUGCUGCAGGGGGGGAGUCCGCAGAAGAGGUCCCAUGGGGGAGGUGGGGAGGGUUUCAUGGCAAUGAUCUGCCAGUCAGCUGUGUGCACAGCGGGAAUUGGGCGCGCGAGGAGCCACGCGCUGCUUUUAGCGGCUUUUCUUCUCCCAGAUAUAUUCCCAGGGGCCACAGGGGUCCGGUGAACAGCCCAGGCAUCAGUCUGUACCCCACUCAAGAGCGCGGAGGCUUCGGCGGUUCUUUGUCUCCAUUUCUUCGCCCCCCUUCCUUUGCAAGGAGACUUUACAAUGCGCAGGAUGGGUAUCUACCGCCCCCAGAGGCGCAGCAGUUCCCCCGAGACAUUCGGGCGUUUCAAGAGGCGAUGAACCAGCUCGACAGCAAGUUUCUGCAAUUCGCGAAGGAAACUGCGUCUCCAACGGCAAAGUAA